CCGGUGGUUAAUGCAAUUGCCAACGCAACGUGUGCGUUAGACGUCAUUUUGGCCCGUCUGCGAAACAAAUUUUUAAAUGCAAGGUUAGACGCAGCCAAGUAUAAGAAGUGGCGAAGUGAAGGUAACCGAAAGAUGUAUAGAAAGCUCCAGUCACUCGAUCCCUCAGGCUAAAGCAGUCUUGAUGGCCCGCCCAGAAUAAAGAGAAACCAAAGGAAUUCUGUUCAGGUUUUUCCAUAGUGUUGGGUGCGUCAGAUGGAAGCGGACGUACGGUUUUUGAAAUGGCUAUUUUUACCGUUGACCUGCCUACCUCUUUAUACAUAGCGGCGAAAAUGGGAAUUUCGUAAAUGGUGUGAAUGCUGACAAAGACUAAGGAACGCAUUGUCUUAAACCUUCUAAACUUUGUGAAGUGUGCUUAGCCUAGUUUUGGCCUGUGUAACCUUUCACUUUUGAAUUCAAAACGCAAAUGGGAGUCCUAGUUGUCCGAGACGAAAGUUGUUAAUCAUGGCAAAAUCAAAAGGUUCGAUUUUUGCGCUCCUCGUAUUCGUCCUAGAGCUACAGCAGAUUGUGACUGAAACAGCAAACUCUUCGUCGCAAUCUGUCACCUCCAGUACUGAACUGUUAGCAUCACCAUUAUCAUUCCACUAUGCUUCAGUCAAUCCGCCAAAAGAAGACAAGUUCCAUAUUCGCAAAUGUUGUGGCCGGGGUCAAGUGUAUAAUUUCAAUUGGGAGGAAGAAGUGGUUGAUCGUAAAGAACGGUGCGUAGAGUAUUCAAUCACAGCCUAUCCACCAUCGCCGCAUAUCGAACAUCAGCAGCAGAUUUUCUUUGGUCCCGAAAAAAACUGGCCGCACCAUUAUACCGAUGAAGAUUUUCGAAUUGAAACGGGAUUUCCAAGCAAUUGUACGGAGUUUCUAUUAUUACAGCGAGAUGUGUUUGUGGCAGACCUCUUUUAUCCGCUCGCGUCUGGCCAACUGAUAGUGCCUCAUCGGUUUUGGCUUUUCGCUAGCAAAGAUUACUGCAUCGAAGACUAUUUUGAGAAUGAAGAUUUCACCAAAGGUAGAAGAGUAGCGAUUAUUUGUAGUUCGCAUGGCCAAUCCUUUCCCACAAGCGCGAUCGAUGGCCGUGGGAAGCUGCAGUUAGACUUUGUGCAAUCAACACCCCCUGUAGAAUUGUCCGCUAUGGCCGGGCGUACGGUGAUUCGCAAGUGCUGUGAUCCAAAUGAAGUGUUUUCCAUGCAACUUCAUUUAUGUGUAAAAAAUCAAGGAUUUAGAACACAUUACUUUGACAACCUUCAAGUCACAGGAAACGAUGAAUUAUUCUUUCAUAUCGGUUUGCCAAAUUGCGUCGAACCAGCAUAUCGGUUAUCAACCGCCAACUUCCAACUGGCUUCAAAUGGCAGUAUAGAAACUAACAAUGGCGAUACGAAUAGUGAGUCGAGUGACCAACUAUUCGCUACGGAACGUUGCAUAGAAGACGUGGUAGAUAUCGAUUAUGCUGGUUUGCCCGUGGUUUCGAUCCAAGCCUUUUACUGUGGAGAUAUGCAGGCACUUGAGUUUUCAGAACAUGACUAUCCUGUUGAUUCCGGUCCUUUUUAUGAGAAUGAUCGCAAUGAAUCUGACAAAAUUAAAACACCUAAAUGUUGUCCACCUGGACAAGUGAUGGACGAGCGGAACAUCUGCCAACCAUUAAGCACGCUAGAUGAAUCAUCUGAUAGCGAAUGGACCGUUUCGCAGGCCUUACACAGCUACCUCUUGAACACACAUCAUAUUGCCACCAUCAUGACUCCCAAUAACUCUCUCUCCUGCCAACUAACUCGUGUGGGAUUAACCGAUGAUAGCUGGAUAAAACCAGUAUUUCAAUCCGAUGGCGAAAACGAACUUCUUCUUUCAAUUCAUUUUUACAUUGAAAAUUACUGGGACCUCAAGAUAAAACAGAAACCUUUUUGUGUCGACCUUGCCAUUUUUCGCGAUGACAAGCAAAUUUUCCAUCAUCCAUAUAUUUUUCGCUGUACGUCUGAUUUCCAUGUGUCAAUUUAUUACCCAAUCCUUCACUCGAUUUCGGUAGCAAGUUUAUUAUUGACAUUCAUCAUUUACUUUUUUGUUCCAGCAACAGGUUCAGCGAAAUUAGUUACAUCAGGCUUGGGAGCAGGGAACAGAAGGAGCAGGAUUUCAACAAUGGCAAUGAUGCUGACCGGUCGCAUUUUGUUGUGCCACGUCAUUACUCUAGCAUUAGCGUUCAUUUGUUUAACAAUUGCUCAACGAGAACACAUCAACGCAGCUGAAACUUCAUGUGUUACCAUAGGUUAUAUUACUUAUGGUGCAUUAAUUGCAUCAUUUGCGUGGUUAACAGUGUACUGUUUUGACUACUACCGUAUUUUCAGCGGCUCAUUCAAAGUGUCAAACGAAAUUCUAUUCAUCCCCUAUUCGGCGUUCGGUUGGGGUGUACCAGCAUUUGCAGUAACGGCUGCUUUAAUUGCGCAGUUCCAAUCCAAACAGCUUGGAGUUCCCGACACUGCCAAUCCCAAUAUAGGUCUUAUGAGCUGCUGGUUCCCUGAAAAUGGGAAUUCAGCACUAAUCUUUUUCUAUGCACCUGUUGGCUCUCUUCUAUUGAUUGACAUUGCAUGUUUUCUAUCAUUGCUCUUCAAUCCCAACCUGAUGCACUGCUGGAAAAAGAAACAAGGAUUGGCAAUACGGUCAAACAAAAGGAGCCAGAAAGGUUCAAGAGAACAGCAAGAUUUUAAAAUGGCACUAAAACUUUUUUUCAUCACCGGAAUCCCCUGGGUCAUUGAGGUUGCUGGUUGGCUACCUGUCUAUUUAUAUGGCGCAUCAGCGGUCUUCAAGGAUAAUUCUCAACUUCAAUAUUUCUUUUACUUUGGAAACCUACUUAAUUCUCUGCGCGGAGUCGUCAUUUUCAUAAUUUUUAUUCUUCUACAACGAGACGUUCGUCACUACCUGACGCUCCGUAUGAAAAGAAUUUUCAACAAACGUUCUUCUCACGGUAAUCGCCUCCAUCGCGCAAAUACCGACGGAGGCCCUUCAAUUUCAACUCAACAAUCAACCAAUAGACGAAUGUCUAUGAUGACUUCUCAGUCCUCCAUUACUUUGGACGGCGGAGGGCAUCACAUUGGUGAAUCUCAAGUGGGAUUCGUUGAAGUUACCAUUAUGUAACGAGUUUACCAAAACUAGUUUAGCUACCGGGUUGACAACAUGAUUCGCUACUGUGAAAUUGUAAGUUGUUACAACAACAAAAGGACUUCAUAAUAUAGCACUUUAUGACAAUUAACGAAUUAAGGUUUUUUGUCAGGGUUUAUAAUUUUGUUACUUUUAUUCAGGAUGUGAGAAGUAAACAUUUAAAACUUCCCAAUACCAAAUCCAAGAGAAACUCAGUUACACUCUUAAUAUUAUUAUAAAAACUAGAAACAGAUAUUCCCGUUUUAAGACCAAGUGCAUUACUCGAA